AUGCCUCGGACUCGGAAAUCCGCCACUCGGCCUAGCCAAUCUCUCCAGUCGACUCUCUCCUUCAACAACAAGUCCGCGCGGGUGACGAAGCCGAGCGCCAAUUCGCAGAGAGACGAGCACAGCGCUUCGGCGAAGAAGCUGGUAGAGGUCGCGGACAGAGACAGGUCGCAGACUGAGCCGGAGGUGGUGGAGGUUAAGAAUGAAUUGACCUCAGAGCAGACGGAGGAGGGCUCGCAAGAUACCAAGGCGGAGGUAGCGGUACCAAGUCAAAUUGUAGAGCCGGAAGAGGCAGAACAGGAAGAGGAGGUAGAAGAGGAGAUCGAGGUGGAGGUCAAGACGAGGUCCAGAAGGAAGCAAAAGGUCCAAGCUGCCGGGGACAAGGACCAGCGUGAACUCGCAGCCGAGAAGGUCACGGAUUCGCAACUGAAGAAAUACUGGCAGGCCGAGGAGGACAGUCGGCUUGCUCCUAGAGUGCACCAAUCCGACCUGUCCCUCCACGAAAAGAUCCUGCGCCACUUCGACCUCUCGUCCCAAUACGGUCCGUGCAUUGGCAUCCCGCGUCUCCAGCGCUGGCGGCGCGCAAACAGCCUCGGUCUCGAGCCGCCCAUCGAAGUCCUCGCGGUCCUGCUGAGAGAACAAGACGCCGUCAAAACCCAAGGGUGCGGCAAGAUGGCCUACAUUGAUGAGUUGAGCGGUGGUCGGGUCGUUUUGGUCGAGUAA